AUGAAUGAAGUAGUUAAAGACACACUAAACGCGAGGAAUAGAACGUUGUUGAGUUACAGGGAGAUAAUAUGUCUUAUAAUAGUCAGCAGUAUCGUUAUAAAGUACGACGAUAUUAGCUUGCUAUACCUCGUACUAGCUGGAUACUUCAGUUUUUUAUUUCUACUAAGGAAGAAUGAAACAGAGGAUCUAGGGGAGAAUGAAAAGUACACGCUGCCUUUAAAAACUGUAAUCAUAUCAAGUAUUUUUAUAUUUUUAGUUGAAAUACUCCUUCUCAUACGAUUGAACGUCUAAAGAACUAACACUGAGGACUAAAAGAUGAAUAACUUUGCAAAAAAUUUAAAUAGCAAGCUACAAUUCAUAAACUACAAUAAAACAGCUCACAAAUCGAUAAUAAACGUACACUCGACGAGGAAUAACACUAUUAUAACACUGACGAACAACAACAACCAACCAAUAACUUGGCUAUCAUCAGGUUCUAUUGGCUUCAAAUCCUCACAGAAAUCUGGCUAUGAAGCUGGCUACCAGUCCACCAUCAAACUAUUCGACAUGAUCAACCAAUCCUCACCAGACUCACCCCUUCAUCAAUCUAAAUUUGGCCCUAUAGAAAUGCAUUUCAGAGGUUUCGGACAGGGUAGAUUUGCUAGCUGGGCUGCACUCCUCUCACAACAGGGUGAAUCCUUCAAACAAAGAUUGACGCUCAUAAAAGACAAAACCCAUCUCGUUAGAGGCGCGCCGUUUAUUCUCGCUAUAGAUUGGAGAGAUAGCCGUCCGACUACUAGACAGCUGCUCUACACUUUGGAGAUUGACGCACCACAUCAGACACUCUUCGAACAGCUUAACAAGAGGGAUAUCCCCUACACGCUCACUCACACCUUUUCUUCUGAUUUGUUUACCGGCGCAUCUAUCUUACUAAACAAUCACGAGGAUCGUAUACACCUUCCUCUCCUACAAUCUGUCAAGCAUGUCUACCCAAUAAACUCGUUUGACAACCCUGCAAAUUCUCUAUCACAAGAUUCAUUGGAUUUGUCUACUCAGUCGGCUUACAAUUCACAGCUAUAUCCACUCGUCUCAGGUACUCAGGCACUCCCUAGUCAUAGCUCAGUCCAGCUCUUGUCCGCAUCUGCAUUACGUCAAUCUGCUAUUACACAGGCACAUGAGCGUAACUUAACAGGCGAUGGUAUAUUUAUAGCAUUCAUAGACGACGGUGUCGAUUACACCCACCCUGGUUUGGGUGGUUGUUUUGGUGAAAAUUGUCCCAUUUCACAUGGAUGGGAUUUAGUCGGGGAUAACUACAACACAACAACACACGACAUCAGUCCAGGUCCACUCGGUGCGACGACUUGUAAAUCUCAUGGUACAUCCACAAUUGGUGUCGCCGCAUCACAACUUGAGCAGCUGCCAGGUGCCGCUCCUAAUGCAACUUUCGGUAUGUACAGGAUAUUUGGCUGUUAUGGUAGCUCUGGUGAUGAUGUCCUCGCAAUGGGUUUGAUCAAGGCCUACGAAGAUGGCGCCGAUAUUAUAAAUAUUUCAGCAGGUGGUCCAGACGGUUGGACCACUUCUUUGCCAUCUGUAGUAGCAUCGAGAAUAGUUGAAAAAGGUAGACAUGUCGUUACAAGUGCUGGUAAUUAUGGUCUGCAGGGUUUACUAUACUCCAAUUCCCCGGCUGGUGGUAUUGGUGUAACCCCAGUCGCCUCAACUGAUCUUCCAUACGUACCUUACCUUAAUGCAUCACUCACUAUGGAAAGCAAACCCGGUGAUAGGUUCCCUUACGUCCCUGCAACCUCGUUCAACAAAAUGAACGUCACAGUUCCGGCCUACAUUCUAGAUAAAAGUGGAAAUUCUACUUCAGAUGCUUGCAAUAAUGUCACUACUUCUGAUAAACUCGAUGAUGUUGCUGUUAUCAUCAAACCUGGUGGAUGUAGUAUUGGCGAGAAGCUUGAGAACCUUAAAUCUGCAAACGCUUCAUUGGUGUUAAUCUCAGACAUUAAUGGAAACCUAACUUCAUCACCUGCUGUGGAAGGACUAGAUACGGCUAUUAUCAAUCUCAACACAACACGCAAUCUGCUUGAUGGAGAGAACAUUACCCUCCAUUAUACACCAAUUCUGCAGGAGAAUCCACGAGAUGGACUUAUAUCACAGUAUAGUAGUAUGGGUCCAAGUGCAGAUGGCUAUGGUAAACCAGCUGUGGGAGCUCCUGGAGCAAAUAUUCCAACACUUGCACCGGGUAACAAUUACAUGAUACAAUCUGGAACCUCAUUCUCAGCACCAUACUAUUCUUCAAUGUUAGCUCUUCUCCUUCAGGAUGCACGUCGGAAAGGACAAAUGUUGAAACCAGAUGUCGCGCGCGCACUUAUGCUCAACGGCGCAACUAGUGUCAUGUUAGACGAUGACAUUCCUGGACCUGCCUUCACAGUCUUACAAGGUUCAGGUGUCGCAAAUUUGACGGCAACACUCGACGCGACUACGUAUGCUCUUCCUGAUAUACUUAAUCUAAACGACACCUACAAUGGUGUUUCCAAAUCACAUACUAUCGAGGUUGUAAAUAUGGGCUCUGAAGAAACUACAUUCACAAUAUUGCACCAACCUGCUCUUACGGGUUACGUCCUCGAUGAUGGUACCAUCCAACCACGUACAUGGUUACCAGAGCAUUCUACUGAUUCCGCAGAAGUUGACUUUCCAACUACAUUAACCGUUUCUGCCAAUUCUUCAGCUUCACUCGACGUUAACUUCAGCUACAAAGACAUAGAUGAUCAUCGUCUGCCUGUGUAUUCCGGUUGGAUUGUACUCGAAUCUCCUGAAUCUAGAUUACAGGUAUCUUAUAAUGGUAUAGCUGGCGAUCUCUCGAAGAUGCAGGUGUUAGACAACACUGAUGAUCUAUUUCAACAAGGUUUUCCAGUACCAUUUGCAUUCCGUCAGUCGGAUAAAAAUCUCAUAGAUACUGUCGACUCAUUCAGUAUGAUCGGACUUGACAAACCUGCUGUUAUAUACAGAUUGACAGGACCAUCACCAUAUCUUCGUAUCGAUCUAGUUGAUGACACAGCGAAACGUAAUGUUAUCAAUGGUGUACUCAAUUGGAUGAACGAUAUCUUUGGUGAUGAUGAACGAAGUGCCAAAAGCGGUGUACUCUAUGAAGAGCUAGGCGUAUCUCGCAAUGGUUUCAUGGGUUCUGGUCAAGGUAGUUCCUAUCAACGUUAUGAUAUGGACGGCAAAUUCGCCAACGGACAGACCAUACCAAGUGGAACUUACAGAUUCCACAUUAGUGCUCUCAAAGUACAUGGUGAUGAAAAUAACAACGAUGACUAUGAAACAUGGUUAUCGGAGAAAUUCACAAUCAAAUAGACAACUUAUAGACAUAUUAUAGAAUGGAC